GGGGGCGAGUAGUGGGGUGAGGGUUGAGGGCGGGAGAGGACGAGGGCUGCAGCAGGCGGCGGGGGUGCGCGGCAGCCAGGGGGCGGAGCCCAGCGCGAGCCGCAGGCGAGUCGGCGGCCGCACUCGGACCCGGGAAGCUGUGCGCUUUCCCCGAUUCUUCGCGGAGGACUCUAGGAAAAUUGUGCAAUGAAUGGUGACACGCGGGCCGCAGUGGUGACCUCACCACCUCCAACCACAGCCCCUCACAAGGAGAGGUACUUUGACAGAGUCGAUGAGAACAAUCCAGAAUAUUUGCGGGAGAGGAACAUGGCACCAGACCUUCGUCAGGACUUCAAUAUGAUGGAGCAGAAGAAGAGGGUGUCUAUGAUUCUACAAAGUCCUGCCUUCUGUGAAGAGCUGGAGUCCAUGAUACAAGAGCAGUUUAAGAAGGGGAAGAACCCCACAGGCCUGCUGGCAUUGCAGCAGAUUGCAGACUUCAUGACAGCGAGUGUACCUAAUGUCUACCCGGCAGCUCCACAAGGAGGGAUGGCUGCCCUGAACAUGAGUCUUGGUAUGGUUACUCCUGUGAAUGACCUUAGAGGAUCUGAUUCCAUUGCAUAUGACAAAGGGGAGAAGUUACUGCGGUGUAAACUGGCAGCAUUUUACAGACUGGCAGAUCUCUUUGGGUGGUCUCAGCUUAUCUACAAUCAUAUCACAACCAGAGUGAACUCUGAGCAGGAACACUUCCUCAUCGUACCUUUUGGACUUCUCUACAGUGAAGUGACUGCAUCCAGCUUGGUUAAGGUCAAUUUACAAGGAGAUAUAGUAGAUCGUGGAAGCACGAACCUAGGAGUAAAUCAGGCUGGCUUCACAUUGCAUUCUGCAAUUUAUGCUGCGCGACCAGAUGCCAAGUGUAUUGUGCACAUUCACACACCAGCAGGGGCUGCGGUCUCUGCAAUGAAGUGUGGACUCUUGCCUAUUUCCCCGGAGGCACUUUCCCUUGGCGAUGUUGCUUAUCAUGACUAUCAUGGCAUUCUGGUUGAUGAAGAGGAAAAAAUUUUGAUUCAGAAAAAUCUGGGCCCUAAAAGCAAGGUUCUCAUUCUGCGGAAUCAUGGGCUCGUGUCAGUCGGAGAGAGCGUGGAGGAGGCCUUCUAUUACAUUCAUAACCUUGUAGUUGCAUGUGAGAUCCAGGUUCGAACUCUGGCAAGUGCUGGAGGACCAGACAACUUAGUUCUGCUGGAUCCUGGGAAGUACAAAGCGAAAUCCCGUUCUCCAGGGACUCCAGCAGGGGAAGGUUCUGGAUCACCCCCCAAGUGGCAGAUUGGGGAGCAGGAAUUUGAAGCUCUUAUGCGGAUGCUGGAUAAUCUGGGUUAUAGAACUGGCUACCCUUAUCGAUACCCUGCUCUGAGAGAGAGAUCUAAAAAGUACAGCGAUGUGGAAGUCCCUGCCAGUGUCACAGGCCACUCCUUUGCUAGUGAUGGUGAUUCGGGCACUUGCUCUCCGCUCAGACACAGUUUUCAGAAGCAACAGCGAGAGAAGACAAGAUGGCUGAACUCUGGCCGGGGUGAUGACGCUUCUGAGGAGGGGCAGAACGGAAGCAGUCCCAAGUCGAAGACUAAGGUGUGGACGAACAUUACACACGAUCACGUGAAACCCUUGCUGCAGUCUCUCUCGUCCGGUGUCUGCGUGCCAAGCUGUAUUACCAACUGCUUGUGGACUAAAGAGGAUGGACAUAGAACUUCCACCUCUGCUGUCCCUAACCUGUUUGUUCCAUUGAACACUAACCCAAAAGAGGUCCAGGAGAUGAGGAACAAGAUUCGAGAGCAGAACUUACAGGACAUUAAGACGGCAGGACCUCAGUCCCAGGUUUUAUGUGGUGUGAUGAUGGACAGAAGCCUCGUUCAGGACGCACCCCUCUCUGACUGUACGGAAACUAUCGAAGGGCUCGAGCUUACUGAGCAGACCUUUAGUCCCGCUAAAUCUGUCUCUUUUAGAAAGGGGGAGCUGGUGACAGCCUCCAAAGCCAUCAUUGAGAAGGAAUACCAGCCCCAUGUAAUUGUGAGCACCACAGGUCCCAACCCCUUCAACACGCUCACAGACCGGGAACUAGAGGAGUACCGCCGAGAGGUGGAGCGGAAGCAGAAGGGCUCUGAAGAGAACCUGGAUGAGACAAGAGAGCAGAAAGAGAAGAGUCCUCCAGACCAGUCAGCUGUUCCCAACACUCCGCCCACUACUCCUGUCAAGCUUGAAGAAGCAGGAGACGGAUGUGCUAAAGAGUACCUGUUACCCUAACCUUCCCCAGGAGCCGAGAUCCAGGGAUGACAGUGAUGCCACCACCUUCAAGCCGACUCCCUCUGACCUCUCCCCUGAUGAGCCUUCAGAAGCACUUGCCUUCCCAACAGUGGAGGAGGAAGCCCAUGCUUCCCCAGACCCUACUCAGCCCCUUGCUGAGGCUGACCCUGAGCCAGCCUCAGCCUCAGCUCCCGGAGCUGAAGAGGUAGCCUCCCCUGCCACUGAGGAGGGGUCUCCCAUGGACCCUGGCAGCGAUGGGUCUCCAGGCAAGUCCCCAUCCAAAAAGAAGAAGAAGUUUCGCACCCCGUCCUUCCUGAAGAAGAGCAAGAAGAAGAGUGACUCCUGAAGGCCCACUCUGCAUACUGUCAUGUCUAAAGGCCUGGCUCUGCCAGGAUUCCCUCUUUUUGUCUUGUGUUCUGUCCUCUUGUGUAAUGGAAUGCAAAAAGCCAAGACCUCCAUGUAACUAGAGCCCCCUCCCAUGUAUGGUCGGCCCCUGCACCAGUGCUAACCCAGUGUGUGCUCAGCCCCCCUACCCUGGGCCUUGGGUUCUGUGGGGAGUUGGGCUUAGCCUGCACCUGUGAGUUGUGCCCCCCUGCAGGAGGGGGACACUGAAUCCUGGUCCUGGCUGGAAGGCAUUGGAGGCUUCUGCCAGCUCUGGUUACAGCGUCACCCUCCUGAGCCUUGCCUCUCACUCUUCUUUCUGUCGUGAAUAUCGAAUUGUCUGCUCAGUUUCCCUCCACCCUGUGGAGUCUCAGGUGGCUGAUUUGGACUCGGCUUUUGCUGGCAUCCUCUGGUGAUGUCAGUUAUCCCCAUACACAGGUAUCCACAUACCCCAGCCAUGGACUGAGAAAACACUCUUAUGUCCAUCAGCGGCCUAGGGCACUAUGGCUGCCUUAAAGAAAUGGGUUAAGCCUGCUGCCCGAGCAGUGAGCAACCCUUUGUAUACCCAGCACAAUGCUAUGCAUGGUCUAACUGGUGACCCCAUGACCAAAACCACAUUCAGGCGCUCAUAGUUGGAUCUUACUGGGGUCUUGGAUUCCCAUCUGAGGGAACAGAUACCAGGAGGGGGAAGAGUCCUUUCUAAAACUUUCUUUCAGCAGGUUUGUGAUUUAGCUUCCAUUUAACUGUGAAUUUGAAAAGGCCACUUUCUGCGUUAGUUUUUGUAGAGCCUGCAACAGACUGCAGCAGAACACUCUUGACUUGUGUGGGGAGGUUUUGUAGGAACAGGGACCUUAACUGAGUCUGACGAUGCCCUGGUUUUGGUAAGCGGUAACUCAUGGUAGAAGCCAGCCUUGGAGGUACCAUCUAGUGUUGUGCAUCAUCCAUGGAGCCCAUGACCUCCUUGAUCCACCCUUUAUGAAUUUUUACUUAACUUUCAUCCCUGGAAAAGGGCUUGAAACUGCUUAGUGGGAAACGCUGAGUGUCAGGUAGAAUCCUCAUGGGGCCUGUUCCAGGAGCUGCCACUGCCAGCCUGACUGGAGUGAGGAAGCCUGCUGGGGCCCUAGAUACCCCGGCUGGGGCUGGACCUCUGUAGAGCAGGUGCUCGGGUGUGGACAGAGCCCUUGUCCUCCUCCAAGCUGCACUGCUAGUCUCACUAGUCACCACGGUGGCCUGAGCUCUCACCUGGUCCCAAGUUCCCUCAUCUGGACUCUUCCUCGUCCUUCCUUAUGGCCCUUCCUUUAUCCCACAUAUGCAAUGACUCUUCUCACUUUUGUAGUCUAAUUCUUUGUAUUACACAUGAACUAUCGUUGCAUAUAUGGACAGACUUGGAGGACAGGUCCUGUGUGUCCUUUCCUCAUUGUAACAGGUUUUACUCACAAAUAAAAGUCUUUAAGCAGUUUC